AUGUCUUCCAGCGACGGAGUUGCAUGCGAAGAGCCGCCGUCCAUCAACCCUUACGAGGUGCUUGGGGUGGCAGAGCAGGCGAGCGCAGACGAGAUCAAGUCGGCCUACAGGAAAAAGGCACUCAGACACCAUCCAGACAAGGUCUCUUCCGAGUCCAAAGAUGAAGCCCAUAAGAAGUUCCAGGAAAUCGCAUUUGCAUAUGCCGUCCUGUCUGACGAGCGGCGUCGUCGACGCUACGACACGACCGGCAACACGUCCGAGUCGCUGGACCUAGAGGACGACGACUUCAACUGGACGGACUUUUACCGCGAGCAGUUCAAUGUCAUGAUCGACGGGACGCUUCUGGACAAGUUUAAGGAGGAGUACAAGGGCUCGGACGAGGAGAAGAGAGACUUGCUACGGGUAUAUGAGGAAUGCAAGGGGAACAUGGAUGGGAUCUACGAACGCGUCAUGGCCAGUGACGUGUUAGAGGACGAUGACCGGUUCCGGGCCAUCAUCCAGACCGCCAUCAAGGACGGUGAGGUAGCUGACUAUCCUGCCUUCACCGACGAGCCGGUGGAGACGAAAAGGGCGCGACGCAGGGCUGCGAGGAAGGAAGCCGGUGAGGCCAUGGAGAUGGCUCGGGAAUUGGGCGUGGAGGAGAAGCUGUUUGGCAGCCGCAGUAAUAACAACAAGAAGACGAAGAAGGGAAAAGGAAAGGAGGAUGGCGGUGGGGAAGAUGCGUUGAUGGCGCUCAUCCAGCAGCGCCAGAAGAGCAGAGGGGAGUCCUUCCUGGCCGGUCUGGAGGCCAAGUAUGCGAAGAAGCAGAAGAACAGGCCGAAGAAGCGGACCGCAGAUGAUGAACCGCCGGAAGAAGCCUUCCACAAGCCACGAACCCACGGCGGCCAGGACAAGGGACAGAGACGCGAGGAUGGACGAAAGAAGGCAAAGGCGUGA